UAUUCUGAAAAACUUCUGUUAUUCCACAGAAAAUCUUCCUUCUUCAUGUAACGAGUUUUUUUUUUAUGCAAAUAAUCAUGACGAUCCAAUUAAUAUGCAGAUUACUUUAUGGCGUCAUCUGGCGCUUUCCGGAGACUUUUUGAGCGUGCACUUUCCCCUGAAUAGAGUCAGCAGGAGGGAACAGAGAGUAGUGCACUUCCACAGAGAGAGUCUGCUGCUCCUGUAGGAAAUGAGAGCUCGCCUGUCGCCUGAACUUUGCACCAGGAAGUGUUAGUGCAGUCUACAGAAGUCAGAUGUGAUUAACGCAAGCCUUCAUUCUGACUGCAUUAGAUUAGUAUUCUGUAAAUGAUGAUGGAUGUUCAGCAGUAUUUAAGGCGCAUCAGCUGCUCUGGGUUGUGUGCGCGCUCUCCGACGCUGGACACUUUGCGCGCGCUUCACCUCCAGCACUUGCUCGCGGUGCCUUUCGAAGACCUCGCCAUCCACACCGGAGAGCGCGUGCGCCUCGAGCUCCCGCUGCUCUACGACAAAAUCGUGUUAAAAAGACGCGGCGGGUUUUGCUACGAGAACAACGGGCUUUUCUCCUGGCUCUUGUCUCAGCUCGGGUUUGAAGUCGAGAUUCUGGCUGCUCAGGUGAAGAAUCGGUUCACCGGCGCUUACGGACCUCCGUUUGACCACCUGAUCAUGAUGGUGAGCCUGGACGGGGAAAGGUGGCUCUGUGAUGUGGGCUACGGGACCGGUUUCCAGCGCCCUCUUUCCCUCGAGACGGACAGUCCUCAAACCCAGAGUCAUGGCGUGUACCGGGUUCGAGCUGACGGAAAUCUGUUUUUUAUGGAAACGCAGUCAGAGAGUGAUGAGUGGGUGGAGAUGUACAAGUUCACGCUUCAGCCAUGUCAGAGAGAGGACUUUAAAGCCAUGUGUGAGUACCAUCAGAGCUCCAGCAGCUCCAUCUUCUUCUGCAAGUCCCUCUGCUCCCUCCUACUACCAAACGGAAGGAUUACUCUAAUGGGCCGCAAACUGAUUCUCACCCACCUGACCAGUGAGGAUGGACCACCAGUAAAGACCACCAGAACAGAUCUUACUGAUGACGAAAUCAUCGAGAUACUGAGGGAGAAGUUUGGAAUAGUGUUGACGUCUCCACUGAUUAUUAAAGAUGUUGACAUUGUGCCCCCACCAGUGAACUAUUAAAGUGAUGCACGAUAAGGCCAAAAGUAUGUGGACACCUGACCAUCACACCCAUACUGAAAGUCUCCAUCCUAAAACUAUGGGCAUUAACACGGAUUUAUUCCCCCUUUGCUGUUAUAAUAAGCUCCACUCUUCUGGGAAGCUUUCCACUAGAUGUUGGAGCGUGGCUGUGGGGAUUUGUGUUCAUUCAGCUACAAGAGCAUUAGUGAGAUCAGGCGCUGAUGUUGGUGAGGAGGUCUGGGGUUCAGUCGGUGUUCCAGUUCAUCCCAAAGGUGUUCAGUGGGGAUGAGGUCAGGGCUCUGUGCAGGACACUCGAGUUCUUCCACUCCAGCCUUGAUAAAAACCACGUGUUCAAGGAGCUCGCUUUGUGGAACAGAUGGAACAGCGGCUGCCUGCUGAUACACGAGCUCUCACAUGGAUCCUGACGUGUUCCAUGAGUUUCUGUUUCCUACAGACUGCUCGGCACCAGCAUCAGCAGAAACACGACGAGAACUCGGUUCUCUCCAUCUUUACUGCUGAGAUCUCUGACAGUCUCUCCUAUACAUCAAUGUUAUUAAAUAACCCCAGCUUUACCUGGACAUUCUCUCUGCUUAUUAAACACAGCCUGUGCUCACGUCAGUCAUUAUACCCAGACUUGUGAGAUAUGGGCAUUUAAUCUUCCAGAACAGGAAUUUAAAAAAAAAAAAGAA